GUGUUGUUAAGGUGGAUUAUGGCGACGUAUCCGUCAGAAAAGCACUGCGAGAGAAUCUGAAGUGUAAACCCUUCUCGUGGUACUUGGAAAACAUCUACCCCGACUCCCAGAUUCCACGGCGCUACUACUCGCUUGGUGAGAUCAGGAACGUUGAAACCAAUCAGUGCUUGGACAACAUGGGCCGCAAGGAAAAUGAAAAAGUGGGCAUUUUCAACUGCCAUGGCAUGGGAGGAAAUCAGGUGUUUUCUUACACUGCUGACAAAGAGAUCCGCACGGACGACUUGUGCCUGGACGUCUCGAGGCUGAAUGGCCCCAUCACCAUGCUGAAGUGUCACCACAUGAGGGGGAACCAGCUCUGGGAGUACGAUGCCGAGAAGCUCACCCUGAGGCACGUCAACAGCAACCAGUGUCUGGAUGAGCCGUCGGAGGAGGACAAGAUGGUUCCCACCAUGAGGGAGUGCGGUGACGGCCGUUCCCAGCAGUGGCUGCUGCGCAACAUGACCCUGGGUGCCUGA